CGGAGUCAUGUUCUGAGUGUUAUCAUUGCAGCUGCCCAUUCAGACAAGUGAUAGUGGUUAAUGGUUAGCUUGAGUAUCGCGAAUGCGUGUGCAAGGGCAGGGUUGCUCUUCAUUUCGGCAUAACCAAUCAAAUUAUUGAAACGAAAGCCAUAAAAUACAUCUCAGGACAUUGUCCGAGCAGCAGCCAAUGAGAAUACACGGCACUUGACCACCGACUGUAAAAGAAGACGCGUUUGGCCACCAUUUCUCCAUCUCCACCAUUUUGGCUGUCAGUGAUGGAGCACAUCCGGACGCCAAAGGUGGAAAAUGUGCAUCUCUUGGACCGGUCGAUGGGCCAGAGGAAAGCCAGCAUUGGGACUCUCUACCUUUCUGCUACACACACCAUGUUUAUGGAGAAGCACCCUGAGACAUGCAAGGAAAUCUGGAUAUUGCACAGCAUGGUGAGUAGUGUGGAGAGGUUGCCCACCACCCCUGCAGGUAGCCACCUUAUCCUGCAUUGCAAAGACUUCAGGAUCUUUCAGCUUCUCAUCCCGCAGGAGAAAGACUGUUUCGAUAUUCAUACCUCGUUGUUGAGGUUGUCACGACCAGAAAAGUACAGUGAGCUAUACUGUCUGUCCUUCAAUCCCAAUGUGAACAAGGAAGAGAGAGAAGAGUCAUGGAACUUCAUAGACCUCAUGGCCGACUACAAAAGAAUGGGUGUUCCAAAUAACCUCUGGGUCGCUACAGCAGCCAACAGAGAAUACAGGAUAUGUGAAACAUACCCGUCAGAGCUGUUUGUUCCAAAGUCUGCCACACCGGCCGUCAUUGUGGGCAGCUCACGGUUCAGGAGCCGAGGACGAUUUCCUGCUCUGACAUACUUUCACCAGGACACACUGGCAGCGGUGUGCAGGUGUAGUCAGCCGCUGUCAGGCUUCAGUGGACGCUGUCAGGAGGAUGAGAGGAUGCUGCAGGCUGUGAUGAAAUCCAAUCCUGGAUGUGACUACAUUUAUGUGGUGGAUACAAGGCCCAAAAUAAAUGCCAUGGCCAAUAGAGCUGCUGGUAAAGGAUAUGAGAACGAGGACCACUACACCAACAUCAAGCUGCACUUCAUUGGCAUAGAAAACAUUCAUGUGAUGAGAAACAGCCAGCAGAAAAUUAUUGAUGUGACUGAAAAGCGAUCUCCAUCAAUGACUGACUUCCUUUGGGGUCUGGAAAACUCUGGUUGGCUGAAACACAUUAAAGCUGUUCUGGAUGCAGGCGUCUUCAUCGCUAGGGCAGUUGCUGAUGAAGGGGUCAGUGUGUUGGUGCACUGCUCAGAUGGCUGGGACCGCACAGCCCAGGCCUGCUCUGUAGCCAGUCUCCUGCUGGACCCGUUCUACCGUACCAUCAAAGGACUGAUGGUACUAAUAGAAAGAGACUGGAUUUCCUUUGGUCACAAGUUCUCCCACAGGUAUGCCCACCUGGACGGUGAUCCUAAAGAGGUGUCCCCGGUCAUUGAUCAGUUCUUGGAGUGUGUGUGGCAGCUGUCUGAGCAGUUCCCAUGUGCCUUUGAGUUUAACGAGUGCUUCCUUAUUGCCGUACACACCCACGUCUACUCCUGCCAGUACGGGACCUUCCUCGGCAACUGUCAGAAGGAACGUAAGGAUAUGAGGCUUGAAGAACGGAGUCACUGUGUGUGGCCUCAGCUGUGGAAGGACAGAGCAGACUUCAUGAAUCCUUUGUACAAGGCUGACCUCAGUCAAUGUCAAGGCGUCUUGAGACCCAACACCACCCCCUACUGCUUCAAAAUGUGGAAGGAACUCUACAACCAUGUGGAGCGGUCCACAUCCCCUCGCCAGUCACCUGCUGACUUCCUGACUGCUGUGAGGGCGGAGUCCCAGCAGCUGGAGGAGGAACUGACCAAUCACCAGGAGAGGAUAGCUGCGCUGACAGGGAAGCCAAUCAUGUGGGUGAAAACCGAGGUUAAAAGGAGGAUCCUGCCCGUGCAGCAGAGACACUGUGGGCCGGACCCCCCCACAGCAUACAAAGUCCCAGUCCCUACCCCCGCACAGGACCACGGCACCCUUGAAGCAGUAAGUGGGAAAACUAAGAAGAAGUACCCAACUCUGCCUCUAGGUCAGCCCCUCAGCGGCGAUGACCUCUCCCACUGGAGCGACACAGAAUCGGGUGUGGCUGAUCUCAGCUCAUCGAGUGCUGGGGAUGAAUGCCAGGAGACCCAGGUAGACUUCACCGCCACUGGCAUAAACCUCUUCAAACACCUCCAUCAAAGAAGCUUAUGAAAUAGUUUCCCCCGAAGAAAAAAAAGAUUUUUUAUUUACUUCAAACCUUGACUUGACUCACCUGGCAGCUUGGUGGUCCUGGGCUAAGGUCAUCAGGGUCUCAUCCCUUCAGCCUGGUUGGUCUAGGACAGUCUGGGGUGAGCGACACCAGCCCUGGGGGGGCGGACAAGCACUGGUGAAGAGGACCUCUGUCUCCUGAGGACCACAGGGACUUGGGAGCCUACCUUCAUAUUUCACACCACAAAGGCUUUUAUAAAGUGUUUUUGUGGUGCUCGUCUUUACUGUGGGCCACUACAUGUGUCGUGUAAGCUGACAAAUAGGGUCAAAUACAAACCUUGAUUUUUCAAAGAUAUUUGAAGUGACGGCUGGGAUAGGCUCCAGCAUCGUCGUGAGGAUAAGCGGUACAGAAAAUGGAUGGAAAACCUAACCUACAAAAAGAUCCCCAGUAGCUUCUGUCUUCAUGGUGUCAUCACAGAGUCGAGUUCAUACAAAGCCUGCUUUAGUGGAUAAAUACAUUUCUUACCUAAAAAGUGAAACGUCCAAUAUCCAUGUAGAGUUGACUUUUCUUACCAUCCCUGCUGUCAUAAUGCUAUUUGGCCGAGUGGAAUCAUGCCACUGUACUCUCUUGAAUAAUGUAAGGCAGGGCCUUACAUUAUGUUUACGUCAAAGACUUGUUGUGCAAUAUAAUUGACUAUUUAUUCAUUGUGUUCCAAGGAACACUUGACUUUUUGAUGCUUUUCAGGCUGGUGGGAAGAUUAGUUAGAAGUUUAUGCUGCUUCACUGCAGGGGGGGCAGGCGGUAAAAAAACCAAACACUGCAACAAAUGAAUGGUAUUUCCAAGAUGCUAGAAUCAGCUUUCCAGCAUUGUUGUCAUGUUUGGAGCAGACAGAAGAUUUCAUACAUCUAUUGCUAAACAUACACUUGACAUUUGAAGUUAGGUAGGACUGAGAGAUGAGAGGAACAGCUGAUAGCAUUUUGUUAUAGUUUACACGUCUGUGAUGUGAAGUGGUGUGUAUUCUGUAUCCGUAUCUGUUGAUGUUAAAAUGCUGAAUCAAUAAAUGCCAUCAUUGAGGUUACAAUAAGAGUAAACAUUCUUACUUUCACUUUACAUUGAUGAGUGAAAGCGCCAUUAUGGGCUUCAAUGGAUGCUGCUGGUUUGCUCUCAAAACUAAAAUACUACUAGAAACUGUAAAAAGCCUUCUUCAGCUGUAAAACUGUUGCUGUGGAGUUUCCCUAUUUAUGUCCCGAGUGGGUGUGGGUUUCAAAUUCAUAAUGAAUGUGAUGUACAAUCCAUUUCACAUCUGUACUACUGGCAAAAAAUAAAUGAAAAAAGGACAUGAAGGAAAAUGGGAGGCCUGUGGCGCACGCACAGCACACUAGCUAGCUGCUUGUGCUCAAUUGGAACACUAACAUGAAUACAUUUUUAACACAUUUCAAAAUUCUAAUUGACAUUUUAAGAUCAUUUAAAGACAUUUUAAGGCCUUAAAUUCAAAAGAUUGUAUUUUAG